AUCAACUGGUUACCAAGCGCUAAGCUACCAGGCCGGUAAAUUCAAGAUGGCGGCCGCGUUGACAAGGCAAGGUCACAUCAAGGAAGGUAUUGGAAAUAUUUUAAAUGUCUUUCGGUCAUUUUAUACGAAAAGAGGAMUCACAGCUAUACCAUGGAGUCAAACCAAUCGUCAACAGCUGAUAACGAAAAGUUCCCCAGCUAUUUCUAGAUCCAAUUGGGUUACUUGUAAUUGCAUUAGUAGAAGCCUUGCAACAAAAGCAAGACGUAUGAUUCCUUUUGAUUCUUCCAAGUUCAGUGAACAGCCAAUCAUUUACAUAAACUCAACCUAUAACAACACAAUGUUGACAUUAACAGAUCAUAAAGGGAAUACAUUAGCCUGGACAUCUGCAGGAAGCGAGGGAUAUAAGAAUUCCAAACGAGGAACUAGUGURGCAGCYCAACAAGCUUCUGUUUCACUAGCAAAGAAAGCAAGUGAAAUUGGUAUUCAAARAGUUCGAGUAAAAAUUAAAGGUGUUGGCAAUGGAAGACAGGCAUCUGUUAAAAGUCUGGUCAGUGCUGGGAUUGUUAUCGUAUCACUCACUGAUGUUACUCCUAUUCCUCACAAUGGCUGCCGACCCAAGAAAGCAAGAAGAAAGUAGAAUUUAAUUAUGUAAAUAUGAGUUCUAAACUGAAAAUAAAGUACUUCAUACUUUUGAA